AUGUAUAGUCGCAAGGCGUGGGGUGGAAGCGUCGAUCCAUAUAUCGAGACGGUAUUCGUCAAAGAUAACGAAGCGGGCGAUAGCGAUCCUCUUGUCAGUGUCGUGAUUUUCGAAUGGAGCGACGAGAAUCUGAUCGGGAGAUCCGUAUCCGAUGAUCCUGAAGUGAAAGAGACCAUUUGCGACCAGGCCAGCGUCGAGGCGAAACUAUGCGAAGAAGAUCAAACAGGUUCCUUCAUUCUGGCCGCCAACGCGAGCGAAGCAUCCAAAUUCCCUAUCGUAUCUCAGGCGGUACAUCUGAAUAACCCAGCCGCAAUCAAUUACCCUAUUAAGAAGACCGGCUUCUAUUGCGUCAGCACCUAUGGAUAUUCCGGGAAGGAUUACAAAGCCGCGGUUGAGUUCAGGAACGCAUACGGUGAACUUCCGGCUGCUCAAAUUGCAAAACUUCCCUUCUACGGUGGUUUGACUAUUGUCUAUGCGGUCAUUGGAGUAUUUUGGGCAUUCCUCUACGUUCAGAAUCGUCAUGACAUUUUGCCGGUGCAAAACUACAUCACCGCCAUCUUGGUCUUUUUGAUUGUGGAGCAAUUGAUGACCUGGGGCUUUUAUGAUUUCCAGAAUCGGCACGGUUUGAAUAUCGGUGCAAAGGUGCUGAUGGUAAUCGUUGCUGUCCUGAAUGCGGGACGCAAUUCUUUCUCCUUCUUCCUUUUGCUCAUCGUUUGCAUGGGAUACGGCGUGGUCAAGCCCUCUUUGGGCCGGACCAUGAUCUAUGUCCGUGUUCUGGCCAUCACCCACUUCGUUUUUGGCGUCAUCUAUGCUGUCGCAAGUCUAUCAAUUACACCCGACAGCGCUGGGCCACUGGUGCUCCUCAUCGUGCUCCCACUUGCUGGUACACUGACUGCGUUCUAUGUGUGGACACUAAACUCCUUGAACGCUACCAUGAAGGAUCUGAUCGACCGAAAGCAGAAGGUCAAAGCAAUGAUGUACAAGAAGCUCUGGUGGUGUAUUUUGGGCAGCAUCAUCGUGAUCUUCGGCUUCUUUUUCAUCAACUCAUUUGCUUUUGCUGGUCGUAGCGAAGCAAGCUUUGUGCCAGAGCAUUGGAAGACCAGAUGGUUUGUGCUUGAUGGUUGGCUCAACCUUGUGUACUUGUUCGAUAUUGGGUUCGUUGCCUAUCUCUGGCGGCCUACUGCGAACAACAGGCGGUUCGCAAUGAGUGACGAGCUUGCACAAGACGAUGACGGGUUCGAGAUUCGAUCUUUCAAUAGUGGACUGGACGAUGAAGAGGCGUUUAUCGGCCCAGAAGGAAAUUCCGCCUCCGCAACACGCCGUGAGCUGUCACCGGUACCUCCUAAACCUGUUCCAUCUGCUCCGCGCCAGCGAGACUCUCUUGAUGGUGAGACGAUCUUCGCUGUAGGUGAGGAUGGUGACAAAUGGUCUGAGGACGAGGACGAGUCACCACGAAACUCGAGCGAGCGGCAGAGGCUCACGGCCCAUAAAUCGGACUAA